AUGGCGGGCGCAAACCCGGGACCCCUUGUACUCAAGCAUAGUGCCGAUACCGCUACAGUGUCUGUGGUGUUCACUGCCUUGAUGAUUUGGAAGGCUCUUAUUGUUGUCACGUUAUCUUCGUGUCCGGUCGUUAGUGUUCUAAGUGGAAGUAUGGAUCCAGCUUUUUACAGAGGAGACCUGCUGUUAAUCACAAACUAUCCAGACAAACCAAUCGGAGCUGGAGACAUGCCUGUUGAGAUUAAAGGCAGACGCUAUCUGCUUAUCCACAGAGUCAUAAAAGUCCAUGAAGACAAAAAUGGAGAAGUCAAGUUCCUCACAAAAGGAGACAAUAAUGAAGUGGAUGACCGUGGAUUGUACAAUGAGGACCAGCUCUGGGUUACCAGGAAAUAUGUACUGGGAAAGGUGAAAGGGGUUUUGCCUUAUGUAGGAAUGGUGACCAUUGUGGUGGCGAGCUACCCCCUGAUUAAGGCUGGAAACAGACAGUUGGAAAUGAGGUUGGAGUAG